AUGUUCACUUCUCUCGAUAUGAGCUCAAUAAUUAAGGCCUUUGUGCAACGUAUAACGAUGUCUACCAAAUUCAAUAGUAUUAGACCGACUCAAUUCGGAUCUGAAGAUAUCUUGAGAGAACAUGAUGGAAGGCUAUAUAAUGGCGUACAAGGCGAUUAUGCUUUGCCUGCCGAUCAGGAGGAGAUCCAGAGACUAAACUCACAGCACAAGGCUUUGACUAUGGCAAGUACAAUUACCAAACGACCAAUCAUCAUUAAGUAUCGAAUCACUGGCACUAGAAUUCAAUCAUCUUUACUCGCCCAAUCGUCUCCGAGAGUAUUGGAUGUAGGUUGCGGAACUGGAAUUUGGAGUAUUCAAGUAGGCGAGAAGUUGCCUCAAGUUAGUGUGACUGGAGUCGACCUCGUGUCUAUCCAUCCACCCACUUAUCCCUCUAAUGUCAACUUCGAGAAAUUAGAUAUCCUCCAAGAAUUCCCAGAUGGUUGGGAGGGAUCUUUCGACCUCGUCCAUGCUAGAUAUUUGAUAGCUGGUAUCCGCGAUUUCUCACUACUCCUCUCAAGGCUCACCAAGCUUCUCAAGCCUAACGGUCACCUGGUUGUUGUCGAACCCCAAGCUCGAUUCAGGACGGUUGAUAAUGACAUCAAAGAAGUCUGCCCGAUGACUUCUAGAAUCAGUGCGGUAGUAUGCGACGCAAUGCUCAAACUUGGAAUUGAUCCUAUUCCGGGGAAGAAAGUAUCCACUUAUCUCCAGGAGAACUUGAAUUUGGAAUAUGAUGAGGUGGAAACGAAGACUUUGGAUAUGCCCUUAUCCCCGUGGUCAGACGAUCCAAGACUUCAUCAAAUUGGUCAAGCCCACUUACUCAACUCGCUCUCCCUCCCUGGCGCUUUUCGUAGAUUGACUGUGGGAUCAGGAAUAAUCACUGAAAAGUGGUAUGAUGAGUUGACAAAAGGUUGUCAAGAAGAAAUGAUCAAGGCAGAAGGAAAAUUGGUUUUACCUGUUUGGCUGAUCUGGGCAAAGAAGAAGUAG